UGCUUCUCUUACGUCAAGACGAAGAAAGUUGUGCUCGGGAUGAACAAAAACAUAUAUUGUCCUCUUAUCCGGUAAAGAGAAUAAUUCACCGACAAGCAAAAGCCACUGAAUCGGCUGUCGUUUUCUCAAGAGACAGUGUCUUUAUUGACUUAUUAAUAAUUUAUAAACGUUUUGAUUCACCUCACUACUCGUAAACAUGGAGAUGGCGGAGCAAGAAGACGGUGAGUCUGCUUAUUUCUUUAAUCUAAAUCCUUACUUUGUAUAACGGUGAUAAGAAUUUAAUAGAAUAUCAACUCAUGAUCAGCAGAUUGGAGCAGAAAAAGCUGAACAUUUGCCGCUGCGUUCGAGUUGUUUGCCAUUAUCUGUCACCUCAAUCGCCACUUACGCUUUAAGCUUUGUGUGUCGCAGCGGCAAGAGCUAAAAACCUGCCUCAAAAGUAGCGUUCCAAAACUCGUUUGAGCGAGGAUCCGACAUGACGUUCGUGCGAUUUAGGGGUUCUGUUUUCGAGGUCCUAUCACAUUUCAAAAUUUUACCGAAUUUUAGCAAAGGUCUUCGCACGUUUUUUCAUUUCAUGAGCAUGAAUCCCAUGUUGAAAGUCUUGAACACCAGGCGAAAUGUACUGUAAGUUUUAUUAUUUAGUCAUUAUGGUGCCUGUUUCUGAUCUUAUUACCUUGCAUGAAUCGACAAGCAACAGCUAGAGCCGUAAAACACCAUUUUCUUAGCCGUUCGUGCACGCAAAGGCACAUUUGUUUAUGACAGCUUCCUUUUAUAAUUUAUUCACAAUGUGGUAUAAGCACGUCCUGUUGAAUAUGUUGUAGGAAUCUGUCAGUAAUGAUGAGCCCAGUGAACAUUUUGUUUUCCAAAAGUGCUGGUAAAAAAUUAAACUCGAUAUAAGACGAGACACUGAACUUCUUGAAGGCUUGUAGGAUCAAUAUGAGCCAAACAAACGCCCUUGACAUCUUGCCAAUACUGAAUUAAUUUUACUUCGUGUAAAUUUUGCUUCGUGUAGAGCACUGACAUUAACAUUCAAUUAUCAAGGGCUAAUCGGUCAAACGAUAUUGUAAAUUUUUAAAAUUUAUGUUUGAAAAUAAGAGUUUUUGCCUGAUAAAGAGCACCUGCUGACUUCUGAUCAAUUGCCAGUUUCUUCACCAAAUUACCUUUUGUCUGCUUGCCAACCCCAAGGAGAAUAUGGCAUGAGAUCAACUGUCGUUGAUGGCUCUUUUUACAUCCAUUGCCUUAACUAGGUUAUUGAACUUGGUUUUUUUCCUUUUGUAAUAUUCACGAGUUAAUCCAGAACUGGUUUUGGUGAACUUCAGAACUUAGAGUUGUGUAAAUAUUGACUUUGUAAAUAUUAUCAACCUUUUUGACAGUUCUUGUUAUUAGAGUGAAACCAGAACUGUUAAAGACAUGUUAAAUUAUUUAAUAUGUAGAGUGCAAAAAAAGAAAAGAAAGUAUUAAAGAGAACGUAAAAAAAGAGACACUUGACUGUUAAGUAAGGGUUCCAAUGAAAAGGAAAGAUCUUUGUAGGAAAGAAGAAAAUAUGCCAUGUACAGGAGUGUGAGCUUUGAUUUUUCAGUACCUCUCCAUGUACCUUUGGAGUAGAAACUGAUUUGGGGUUAAGAAUUGUUUCCUUAUGGAACCGGUGGAGAUAUUCAUUAGAAAAACAGGUGGAGCAAUUCAUUGGACAACUGGAAUUGAAGGCCCAAACCAGAGCAAAGUUAAGCUUUAUUUGACCACAAAAGAUAUGUGUUACUGUGCAAAAUGUUACAAUGUAAGUGUAACAACCAAGGAAAUGAUUCUAAGCCCUUGUUUUGAAGAAGUGGAUGAGUGUUGUGUGCUUCUUAAAAGAGACCAAAACAAGUGUCAUAGUCACUGGCCUUGACCACUUUUACAGUAUAAUGACUUUCCUUUCUUAAAUAUCAUGUGCAAUGUUAGCCCGUGGGCAGACUCACUUGUGUGAAGCUGGCAAGAAGAAUAGGGCGAGGAAAAGUAAGCCUUCAUGCAGGCUAUACAUUCUUUAAUUCUUGGCAUAAUUUUCCAACCAAUGUAGUCAUGUAAUUAUUGGUUAAAACUGACAGGCUUUGACAGGCUACAUUGUAAAUAAUUAACAAAACCCAUGAACAGUGGACACAACCAUUAACACAUUAAACUUUGUAAGGAAAAAAUGCAUGCUACAGUGUAUGUUAAAAUGUUACAGUGUAACACCUGCAUAAAAACCUGUGGAUUAAGAACCUCCUAGCAGAAAAUUUCCACUUUAUUACCCAAAAUACAAGAACCUGUUUUAGCCAAGCAAGGUGAAGCAGGUUGUUAUAUGUAAGUUAUCAUGGUAAACAAUGUUUAAUCUAUGAGUAACUUUGAUAUUGAAAAUUUAAGUAUAACGAGAGAGAACAUGCUUUAAAAAACUGUAUUAUAUGUGGUAGUCACGUUUGUUAGAGUCAUAGUGAUACAAUUGUGAAUAAAUACUGUAUUUUUAAGGACCAAGUCAAGUUUAUUUAUUUUUCUCCUAAUCAACAAUCUGUUAUCUCCCUCUUAAGAAUUUAAAGAACCUAAUUAAGAACCUAGUUCACCUGAACUGCCAAUAAGUAUCCCAAGUUACUAGAACCUAUAAAUUUGCCAGGCUUCAAAAAAGUAGGUUCUUAUAUGCAGGUGUUUACUGUAUUUUUGCCGCUUGUCGCACAUUGUGAGUUCAUGAAGGUGGUCUGUUAAUUGAUUUUCCGUGGGUUUUGAUGCAGUUUAGCGUAUCUCUAUAUAUGACUUUCUGACAAUUUUUGUUUAGAUUUACCUUCUCCUAUUGGAUAGUAUCAUUUACACCUUGAAAGAGGCAAAAUAUAAUCAACUGCCCAUGUGCAGGCUUACUUUUCCUAUAAUUGGUGGCUUUGUCAGCUUGCUCUGAUGGCAAAGCUGCUAAAGUUUUCCCUGAUCUCACACAAGUGAGCCUCCUCACAGACCAGGGCUGCCAUUGGUAUCGGGCAGCCGCCUUUUUUGGCAGGCAACUGUAGUGAAAUCAGCCGGCUACUUAAAGUUUCUGAAGAAGUCAAAUGUUACAAACAUAGGAGCAUUUGUUGGAUAAAUGACCGGUUCUUUUUUUUAAGAGACUGGCUACUUUUAAAGCUCAAUGACAGCUGGGACUAUUUGUGCAUACAUAGAUUUUGGGAUGUCCCUGCAAACAGACUUAACCAGACAUUGAGUUUCGUCUGUGGUGCAGUGUAAAUUCCUUACUGAGAUUACAGAUGUACAUGUUCGUGACCUCAAGGUCAUAAUUUGAUUUCUGUUGUUCAGUUUGUUAUAGUCAGUGACGAAAUGCUUAUGUAUGAGAGGUUCUAAACUCACUUGGUUUAAGCUAGGAAGUUUUUUGCUCAAACUGCGAUCGUUCUCAAAACAUAGUUCUUUGCCUGAUUACACUCCCUGAAUGUUUCUUCAGUCAGUCCUAAGUCACCUUUCAAUAACUAAGUUGUUAAUAUUGUUAGUAGUAAUUAUAUUCCCACUUGUACUGUUAUAUUACUGUUUUGUGUCUGCUUUUUACAGGUUUAACUGUAUUGAAACAGUCAAAUGCAUUCAAAAAAAUCUGAAUUUUAGUUACCGGUAUUUGAUUUUUUAUAUUUCAGGAAAGAAGAGAAAACGUGACCGUGAGUUCAAAGGUCCUAUUGCUGACAGGUACAUUUGUACAUUAUUUUUGUCCCUGUUUUACACUAGAUAUUGGCUUGACUAUCUGCCACUGAGUCCGAUUUUUUAUCAUCCCUUAUGGCCAUCGUUGGUCAACAGCCAGCCAAUAGGUUUUUUGGUGGACCUGUUCUUUAAUUUUUUCUCCAUUGAGGAAGAGAGAAAGGAGUAGACUUUUUGUAUCUUUAGAGUAUCUUUCAUUUAAACCCUUUGGUGACUACUAGCAAGAGGCCAAAAAAAUCAUGUACAUUUUCACCAAAUCCUCUUUUUUGGACUUUUUUGUCUGAUUAGCAUGGGAAUGGCUAUAAAAAUUAAUUAGUUUUGCAACUUUAAGGGAUAUUUUACUUUUGCAUUUGCAUACACUGUAAGCCAAAAUUUGGACUUGUUUUGUUCUUGUGAAUCUGUUUAGAUCUUUCUCUCUCACUCUCUUUUCUCCCUUUGCCUUUUGUAUGAUCAAUUUUGUUGUACACUCUAUCAUCUUUCUUUUGCGUGGAAUUGUGGCUGCAUGGCUAUAACCUUCUAACCUUGGAGAGGGACAAAUUUAAUCUGCAAGAAGUAGUAGGUGAAUAGCAAAACUGGUAGUGGAUUUUUCCCCAAAAUAUGUUACUUGGAUUUUUCUGUGUUACUGAUCUGUCUGGAUUGGUUAAAAUUUUUGAAAAAAACUGGUAGUGGUAUUUAAGGUAGUGGUAUUUAAUUUACCUUUUCAGUCUUAUAGAGUGUAGGUUAUGAUGUUUUCAAGGUUUCAAAAGGUUAAAAUAACAGUAACAAUAUAGAUAGUCAUAUAAACAUAACAACUUUUUUUAAUUUUCCAGACAUGUUUCGACGGUACAUCCGUCAUCUUCAGUGUUACAUAUUUUGAAAUCGCCGUUGAAUUUAAAGUGUGCAUGAUCUUACAAAGUUCGUUACAUUGCAUUGUCAAUAUUGCGUACUAAAACAAAAAAAAAUUAAAUGAGUGACGCUUAGUUCUUACAGGUAGAGAGUCAGGUUAAUGUGUUUCACCUGCUGGUUGAGAUCGGGCUUCUCCCAUUUUAUAAACAUGGGUUCCUUAAGCUUCACUUGGUGCUUAGUGGCUGCAGAGUCCAGGAUCUCGAAGCAAUCCGGUGAGCAGGAUGCUCUACAAAACUCUGAACUCUGCAGAUGUUUAAAAACGUUUCAAGGUUUCUGAUCAACUUGUUUUGUAUUCUGAAUUCAGGUCAUGUACAGAUAUUCCCUGCUGUAUUCUAUUUUUAGCCUACAUUGUAGGCAUGAUUAUUGUUGGUAUUAUAGGUAAGUUAUGUAAUGAUGUAGCAAUCCAUAUUAUCCUUCUAACUUAUCAUAAGUUAUGAGUCAUGCCCUGCGUAGCAUUAAUAGUAAUUAUUGAUAUCAACAUUUCGUUAUUGUUUUUUUGCAAAUCCACUCUAUUUUUCUGUCUAAUUGGUCCAAUUUCUGAAUGCAGGGCUCAAAAAACUUUAAUUUUAUCUUGCCUCUUUGACAAUGAAGCAGUUUUUACUGAGUCUAAGUUGCCCGUGGCAAUAAUAUUUGCUUGCUUAUCUGAGUUUACAUCAGAGUUAGAAAAAGAUUGUUUACAUUGCCAGUCUUGUUUAUUGAGCAAGUAUACAGUAAAUUAUUUAGAUUUAACCCAGGUUGAUUCUCAAGUGGGGGUCAUUAAGAAUAACUCAUAUAAUAUUUCAUUAACAAUUUUUCUUUAUGGGCAAUAAGCAGCCCACAGUUUGCAUUUUCAAAGCUAGUGACUACAAGAAGUAAAAAUAGGUGUACUUCAUUUUUUUCUUUCAGCCUUUCAAGAAGGGGAUCCAGACAGACUUCUUCUACCCACUGAUUCUAAUGGUAUUAUCAAACUAAAAAUAUACUGAAUUUAAUAGAGGCAUGUAAUACUCUGUAAUCUCAACAUUCAUGCUGUGAUCACUGAUGAUGAUAGUCUACCCAGUCGUGAUAAUAUGCCACUGUAUAUCAGCAACACAAAUGACUUUGUAAAAACCAUGCUAAAUGGAAACCUCUCUCAGGAGCGUAAUAUUCAAAAAGCAUGUGCACUAAAAUUUAAAAUCCUGAAUUAGUUACAUGCAGGUAUUUAUUGUGCACUCAGCUUUUAGGCGAUUUAAGCUAAUUAUCUUCAGAGUAUUCUACAAAAAGAUACAUGUCGUUCUUAAUGAAGCAACAAAACAUGAUUAAUUUAAGUCAAUCGCAAACAGCAAAAAAAUCAGCUGGAACAAAAAUAUGUAAUGGACUUCUUCAUAUCUGAAACAAAUAAUUAUUGUUAAAUAUUGCUUUGCAGGGAAUACAUGUGGAAAGGGUACUCAGCAGUAAGUAUUAAUUUUCAUGUGCAUUUUGCAGGGUUGUCAAAAGUAGCCAGCUGCCGGCGAAAAUUGCCGCCUUCUUGGUUAGUGUCGGGCUGGCUACUCUGCUUGGCAUUUCUUCGUCGAUGGCAUUUUUUAAAUAAAAUAUCCCUGGACUGGCCGCUUACUUUGACAGCUCAGCCGUCUACUUCAAAACUUUCUGGCAACCCUGAUUUUAACAAUUUAUUACCUGAAAUGAUUUUUUAAUAUUAGUUUUGCACAUUUUGAAAUAGUGCGUAGUUAUUUAUUAAACUAACUAAUUCAGUUAUUCAGAAUUAAUUAAAUCAAGGACCCAAAGUUUUAUGUAAAUGGUACAUAUGCUUGUUUAAACGGGCUAUGUCACAUCUUCUGCUUUCUUUUGAAAAUGCUAAAAUGUGUCGUACACAUCAAAUGAAUUGCAAAAAUAUUAGGACCUGAUUUUGUUAUUCAAGACUAUAUUUACGCAUUGAGGCUGUUUCCCGUCAUCUGUUGCAAUGGAUGGAAAGGAUGAACUUAAAACCUUUUCAAGUUUUAACACUAACCUUGCUAAAAUCACCAAAAAAUGUUUAGCAAUUAAUGAAUGAGGCAGAGUGUUAUAAUUAAUGAAUGAGGUCGAGGUGGAUAACACCCUCCUCGAUCUGCUUAAUUCUUCAUAUCCUACGAAAGCCGAAUUCAUUAAUUGCUUUAUUAUUCAUUCAAAAUAAUUCCUAGUUUAAAAAUGUAGCUAAAACAUGCUUACCUGCAGCGAUGUUAAGUUCAUCUUCGAUAGUGUACCUUUAGGUUUGUCCAGCUCCGCAAAUAUUCUUCAAAUAGCAGAUGUCGCCCUCCUAGUUGUCUUCUUGCUAUUUUUGCCAUGUUUUUAUCUAUUAUUUUGCCUAGUUCCAGCUGUAGUUCUUACUCUUGAAACGAGUGAAAUGUCCGCCAUUUAUUUUUCACAACCAAAACAACUCAAUCUCAUCCCCAGGUCUUCUUGGUAAUGGUGCCUUAACCUGUAGCAGGCUGCAUUUUGACGUCAUUUCCUCGUUAAACACAAAAUUCUUCCAAAUUUGGUCAUCAGUAACUGGUUAUGGUGAAUUAUGCAUGUCCUUUUAGCCAAUCAGAAUUGGGGAAAUAUUUUGAAUGAAUAAUAAAUUAUGGUUAAUACACUUUCAUGAAAUUUGUUUAAUAUCUUCCUCUGACUGAACAUUAAUUUAUGUUUAUGGGUUAAGGGUACUCAGUGAGUAAUGACCUCAGCACAGAAUUGAACUGAAAUAGCAAUAUCUUCAUGGCAUACACCUGUAGCCCCUUUGAUUAAAGACCAACUUGAUGACAUGACUGUUUUUCUCUAUUUUUAGGGAUAAAAAGUACCUUGUCUUCUUUGACAUCAGUACAUGUGUCACUAAAGGUGGAAACUUGGCACAGUUUGUUAGCAUUCCUUCUUGUCCAACGCCCCAGGUGAUUAUGCCACCCAUGACGGUUUGUUAAUCAUGCAGUGUAAUGGUUCUCUUUUAAAGCGCUAACUACUUAAGGAUAAAAACCGGGCCACUAUGGGCUACAGGAGAUGCUCUGCUGCUUUUAGCUGUUACAAGCUACAGUACAUAACUCAGAAUACAAGUGUGUACAAUGUUCCUCAUCCCUUUUGCCCUAUCAGGAACAGUCUAUUUAUGUGUAUAACUACAUUGUCCUACAAUGUAGGUAGUUAGUGCAGCACCUUGCAAUAAAAAAUUGUGGGAUGAUUAACCAACUUUAAUCUACUGACAACUCUCUCUUAAUGUAAUGUCAUUGCUGAUUUUCAGUCAUGUUGGUGUUCACAGUGCUCCAGCUUUAGCUGUUUUGUACUACAAGUUAAACAGACAUGUAUUUAUGGCGAAUGGGCAAUUCCAGAAAAUAUCCAUACCCUACCACGGACGGCUUCCCUGUUUUUUCCCCCCCUUGCCUUCGGAAAUUCCAAAAUGCGUUACCCCCCCAUGCCCUCAGAAUUCCAUAAUCGUGAACCCCCCCUCCCCUUCAGAAUUUCCAUUUUUUUGGAAGUACAUUUUCAACUUAGCAACGCCUAUAUGAACAAACGAACAUGACUUUAUGCCUCCUCAAGGCUGUGAUCUAGCGGCACCUGGCGACAAGCUUUCAGACUCUAACCUACCGCUACUAGACAGGCUGUGCAAACUCCUUUUUAGGUCCGAAUUUGGCAAUAAAAAUAAACACCACUAACGGCAAUUUUACUCCUCUUUGUUUUCUUGUGCUGUUUUGACGUUUACAAAGCAAAAUAGCUCAAAUUCAGACCGUUAAAAUCUCUCGGUGGUCAAAUAUGCCGUCGAGGCAUGUUGCGUCCUUUUAUACGUCAUGUAGUGUGCACGAAAAGUGUUCUAAUCUGACAGGCGACGCCAGGCGUUCCUUGGAAGCCAGGGACUGGUGCGAGUUUUUUUACUGUUCAUCGGACGGGAGUAACAAGAAACUUGCAAGCAGUAAGAUACAUAUUCCGUUUUUUUUUCAUGUGACAAGAAAUUCAUCAAGGUUAAUGUAAAACCCACGUUUUACUGUUCACUUCUAUAAGUUAUGAGCGUAAACACGUGUCUGAUCUAUCGAUGCUUGUCUUCUGCUUCCGCGGUCAUACGUUCGUGGUUUAUUUACGAACUACAAAAGUCCACAACAAUAGCGUUUUCAAGGAACUCACUCUACACUUUCUACUCCAGAAAUCCCACCUGUGGAAUUCCGCCAUGCCUUCGGAUUUCCAAUCGUAAAUACACCCCAUGCCCUCAGAAUUCCAUAAUCGUGAACCCCCCCUCCCCUUCGGAAAUCCUAAAAGCCGUCCGUGGUAUGGUAUGGAUAUUUUCUGGAAUCGCCCAAUAGGUUCAGCUUUAUAAUUACUGUUGUCAAGUUACCUCGACUCUCUAUAAGCCCGGACACCUCACUAACAGAUAGCUAGGGCUGGUCCCGAAUGUUCCCGUCUUAAAGAAAUUUGACUGUAUGACUGAUCUUAUAAGCGGUUGCCUACCUGGGUGGUUAAUUACUAUGUUUGGGUCUCCUACAGCUGUAUAAUUAAGCUCCACACACACACACAUAAUGCAAAUGAGGGGUUUGUCAGCAGGGAAGAAGCAACUGGAACAAUGUACACUGUAUGCCUUCUAUAGCCUGCAAGCAGGCUCACCUGUGCAAAUGUGGGAACAUUUUGGUGGCAGAGCCACCAUUCCUUGCAGAAUGGCAGCCCCACUGCCAAAAUUUUCCCCAAACUUGCAGAAGUGAGGCUGCUUGCUAGGCCUUCUAAAGAGUGCACAACUUGAAGAUUCGAAGAAUGUCAAAAAGCAUAGUUUUUGACUUGAAACUGCAUCAUAAAAACAAUAUUUCUUGGAAAUGAUCAUGUUACUCAAAGAGUGUUUGCAGACACAUGUAUUAAAAAUUUUCUUCCAUUUCUUGACUUUAGGUCUGUGUUUCUGAGUGUCCCACAGAAAAUGAGUUAGGGACAAGUAGAAAUGCACCUGACAUGAUUUGUAAAGAGGGAAUAAGUGUGACAGAGGUAAGCUUGCUUUCCCCUUUUGUUGCACACUUAACUAAAAAUAACAACAUUAGCUUCAUAGUUAACAAUUAUUUAUAUAGACUUUUUUAUAUAGUGCUAUAUCCAUAUGCUAAAUAGUGCUUUACAGAUUUCGUAAAAAAGAAAGAAUAAUAAAUUAAAAACUUACAUCUGAGUCAAUAGUGAUAAAAAGAACACCUGACGAAUUCCAUAAGUUACGAUAAAAAUUCUAUUCAGAAAUUCUAAGCUGCAAUUUAAAACUAAACCCCUAAAUUUUAAAACGAUAACAUCUGAAAGAUGUAUGAUUUGAUCUUCUAUAGUUAUUAUAUUACAUUGGCUAAACCUAGUCCCUGUAAGUAAGUUUAAAAAGGUAAGUCUUAUUGUUGGUUUUAAACUCUGAUAAUGAGGCAUUUCUGCGAAUACACCCUAGAAGUGAGUUUCACCAAUGAGGUGCUGCAAAGGAGACCUUUGGCCAUAAGUAACUAAAUUAACUGAUGGUACUUCAAGUAGGUUCCGUGUUCAGGAUCGCAAGGUCCUGGUCGGUAUGUAUGGCUUAAGCAAAUCUUUAAUGUAGGCAGGUGCUAACCCGUUGAGUGCUUUAUGGGUUAUUAGUAAUAUUUUAAAAAUAAUACGUUGACUAAUUGGAAGCCAGUGGAGUUGUUUUAAAAUAGGCGUAAUGUGGUCAUACUUCGUGUAAUAAGUUGACCAUAGUCCCUAUCAUUAAAUUCAGUGCUACACUGUAAGAAAUGUUCAUGGAAAGAGGCUUAUAAUUUUUAAUUUUAGAUGUUCUUACUUAAGGCAGAGCACAAUCACUGUUUUCUAUAGUUGUGCCAUAAUCUCGAGUACUGUGUGUUGUUGUAAGGCUGGGCCUGUAAUAUUUCUGAUUGACGGACUUUUUUCUUGUGUUGACAGGACAACAAAUUCACCAUGGUGCAGCACGGAAAGUGUGCUCCGUACUAUUUGAAAUCACAGUCAGGUUUGUGAUGUGUUUAUUAUCAAGAAGAGUUGUUCACAUUGAUAAAAAAGAAGCAUACAUGUAGAAUAAGGCCCUACAGACUUACUGUUCAUCUUGUUUUAAAUUCUCCUUUUUUACAUGUAUAAUAUGCAAUGCAACUUGGCAGGAGAAUAAGGUAGUUUAUCCGCAAAUUGCCAAAACUACGUGUAAAGGUCGCUUUGUUCAAGCUUUAUUCCAGAAACUCCUUCAACUGAGCUUUCCAAGAAUGUAGUUUCGAUAAUUUCGAUGAAAAUUCAUAUGGAACAGUUCAUCCUCGUGAAAAAAACGCUUUUGUUUGUUGGAAAAUUUCCCCAAAAUCUCCGUGCAAAUGGUAAGUGCUUCUGGUGUGAAUAACAAUUCCUUAUAAUAAUUAUUAUUGUUCAUUAAUAAUUUUUUGUGAUAUGCGUUAUGUUUUAGUGUUGUAUCGAUGCAUACCAACGUUAGUGGGCAAUUUGAUUGAUUCCGAAAAUGGCUCAGUGAUACAAAAUCUCGCUGGAACCAACAUGACAAAAGCUAUCAUUGAACAAGGAAUAAAGUUAGUGUUAUUUCAUUGAGUUUAAUUAUUUUAUCUCAACGGAUUAUUUUCUUGUCAAACUAAUUAUUUUUUACAUUGCCGGCCAGUCUGGUGCCAUAUCAUACCUUGUGUGGGCAUGUUGUUUUCAUUAUCCUAUACACAAACUUAACGGUCACCAAUUAAAAUUCAAGCGUCAAAGAAUAAUCAUGCUUACUUGCUUAGCUUAAAGGCGAUUAUAACACUAUUAAUUAAUUAAUUAAUUAUUAUUAUAUCUAUUUCAGAAACAUACAGCCGCAAUUGGGGCUGUGCACUUUUGAUAUUGAGUAACUCUGCAAGGCAGAACUGACUAUUGUUUGUUCUAUAUGCAGUGAUUAGUGGUGAUUGUUUAUAACGAGGAUUUAUUUUGUUAUUUUCACUUAGUGGCUUGAAGAUUCUUAUGAAUUUGCAAAAUUUUGGAUUGAAUGUAAGUUUUGCCUCAGUUUUUAUAAUUUGCACUUAAGCCCCGUCCACGUGGAUCCAUUUUUGCUUGAAAACGGAGAGUUUUUAUUCCGCUUUGGUCUACCGUCCACACAUAUUUGGUCAAAACAGUCGCCGAAAAUGAAUCUUUUUAAAAACGCUCUCCGGACUGGAGAUUUUUUUAAUCUAGUCACAGUUAAACUGUAAAGGGACUUUAUUUUCUAUUUUUUUUAUAUUCUUUUUCAAUGAGUCCUGUUGUGAACUACUUUGUUGUUUUGUUUUUAUUUUUCUUUGCUCUUUACUGACCCUGUCACUAAAAAGGUGCUGUAUGUGGCAUUUUGUUUCUAGGUAUUUGAGGACGUGAGAGCUGUAUGGUACUGGCUCUUAAUGUAGGUUGACAUGAUAGCAUUUGUAACCUUUACAUUUGACUGUAUGAUGAUGACCAUGUGAGUCCGAGGAGACUCGAAGGGAUAAUGAUGAGACUGAGUGCGUGAACGACUGUAGAAUUUCAAGCCAUUAUUUUUCACAGCAACAUUUUCUUUUAGUGGCCAGCAAAAGGGGGAUUAAAGGAUUAAGAGUGGUGCGAUUGUGAUUAUCUAAAGCAUCAAAGUUGGUAUUAAAACUCCUGCCCUUGAUUUCAACCCUGCAGUUGUAGUCUAAUGUCUUACUGCAUUCCAGAAUUUAAAAAAAAUAGCUGGAUAAAAUUCUAAUAAUAAUAAAAACAUUGCAUUUCUCUUUCCAUGAACUUUUCUUGUAAACGUAGAUCGUAAUUAUAUUCACUUUGAGUGUUAACGUUUGUUUGUCUUUUCUUUAGUGGGAUGAUUCUUGUUAUGAUUCUGGCAUUUAUUUACAUUCUCAUCACACGGUAAUGCACUGGAGUUUUAAACUACUCUGACUUGAUGCCUUUUUUGUUGUGUUUCUUUUGAUUUAACACCCAUGAGCAAGCGCUUAUGAUGCUGUUGUCAGUAGUUAGGGAGCUCAAAACCUGGUUUUCAUAUGUCAGGAAAAUCCCAGGCGAUCGGGGAUUUUACUUUUUGCUGACCGUCCCAGAUUUUGCCUAUAUAUCGGUCAAUCACCAGAAGUCUGGCCCAGAUUCUCCCGAUUUUGAAUUUGGCGGAAAAUGGAAAGUGAACCAAAAAUUGAAAUUUGUACACAAAUGUAUGAUAGGGAGACUGGAAAUCAUCGCCGACGUCCCCGACGGUACAAAUUUGAGCUUUCAUUUGUCGGGGAUUAUCGCCGGCCAUUGCAGAAAUCUGGGACGCGUCGGGAAAAUGCAAACGUUCCCGAUUCUCCAGAUUUGUCGGUGACCGUCCCAGGCGAUCAGGAAUAUCUGCGAUGCGAGGACGACGACGACGGUGGCCAACAGUUCUCUUAAAAAGUGAAUUCACGCUGUUUAAAAUUCAUCCUAUUAUUGCCUGUCAAUCAAUUUGUGAAAUUGUUGGUGACUUUUCCUGAACCCAGAAGAUAGGAAUUAGUAAAUCGUUUUCUUGUUUUCACGUCCACGAGAUGUGGUCGUGCAACGACGGCAGAGAAAUGUACAAAAAAGUGAAUUCACGUUUAAUACACGUGCACGUGCAAAGUCGUUGUUUUGCUUAACAAUAAAUUGCUUUUUUGCCAUUCGCGUUGCCGUCGUCGUCUUUGCUAAGCUCAUUUCAUAAACAAACUGCUGUCUGGUCCCAGUCUGUCUGAGCUCAGUUGCUGGGUUCAAAGCCCAUCCUGACCAAUCACCAAUGUUUUGGAUUAUCCUUGUAAGAUCAUGCUACUGUGUUUAAAUUCUUGUCGCAGUUCAUGAUCAGGUCAUUCAAAUUAACACACCCAUUUCCUUUUGACAACAAUCUCUGUCUGCUCGGCUGAGGCGCUCAUGCGGGCUCCCAGUGAUGCCAAAAGUCGACCUCCAUGCGCUUCCAAGCUUUGCGAUCCUAUGCCACCUACCCUUCCUAAACAACAGCAACCCUAUUUAGACCCCAGAUCCUUUUUAAAGCCAGGACACUGAGUCCGAGUUUACUCUAACCAAAGGAGAGUGAAUACUCUCGCCUUCCAAUAUUACAGCCGGUGUUGAAACCCUACCUCCAAAGUUAUACAGUUUACUCUAUUUUGCUCCCUCCCUCCCAUCCCUGAUAUUUUAUUAGUUUCCCUCCUCCGAGCUUCACAAGGUUCCGCGAUAAACGUGUUUCUAGUUCAGUCAGUUUAAGUGAAACCCGGGCCCUUUCCGUUUAUCAAAAAAUUCCACUUGCCCAAUGGAGCGGACAUUUCGAUCCGACCGACCAAAUUGACCAGACCGGUCAAAGUGGACCACCGGUAAAGCUGUUCCCGAAUAUUCCGGUUGGACGAGACCGAAAUGGUCCGUUUCAUUUGAUGUGGCCUCGUUUGGGCCCGAAAAGACCGGGAUAUAGGUUUAUUAUUAUUAUUAAAGCACUCGGACUAUGAAUCCCUUUUACAUUUCACUGUUAACGUUUUUAAACUCUUUAUUAGAUCCUAGUCUAGGGCAAAACGCGGAAAGGUGAUUAACAUAUACUUAAUUUAACCUUAUCUUCUGCUUUGCAGCUGGGUAACAGGACCUCUUGUGUGGAUCACCAUCAUACUCGUCUUUGCGUUAAUUAUUUAUGGUAAACCGUCCAUUUUAAUGUUACAAUUUGGUUCCGCUAAAAUGGUUUAAUGUUGGGAGAUGCGCUGGGGUCAUGUUGAAAAGCUACAAAAGGUGCCAGUGACACAUUGUGGCGACAAGUGUCUCUUAUGCGCUUCUACUUUUUAAUUUGUACAACACACGUUUCUGGCCAAUAUUGUCCCACAACCUUUUUGUCCUUAAGAAUUUUGCUUGCCCAGGACAUUUGGAACCUUGAAUUAGUUUUCCUUUUUUUAUAUAGUUUGAAGGCAACUUACUUUGGCCUUUGUCGUACAGAUGGGCAAGAGAGCGUGAAGCCCCCCCCUUUGAAACACACUCGUUAUACGGAUCAACUCUCUUUUACAGAUGGUUCUUUGGUCCCCAGAAUGCCAAAAAGAAGUUAAUACAUUCCUUUCCUCUGUGGUAUAAAACACCUCUGUAAUAAGAACACUUGGCUGUGUCGUUUUGGUUUGUUUCAAGGGGAUUUAACUGUUCUUGUCCCGCACAACUCGACGGGACUUUUUUCGAGAACCUGCCACAAACCUUUGCAAUUACAACAAUUUGAUUCGGUUGCAAUUCAUGAAGCAUGUGACACAAACAAAAUGAAUUAUAAGCCGUUGUGUGCGUGGUUCUGAAACAGGUUCCUGCGAUGGAGUCAAUUGUUCCUUGGAUUAAAAAACUGUUUGUAUUCUACAGUGCAAUAUAGUUAGUGAUUUUAUAUGAUAUUACUAUAUCUGUCCACAGGCAUGUACUUUUGCUACAGCAAGUACAAAUUCCUUAACGACACGGGUACAAGUGAAGAUUUUGAACUCAAAUUUACGCUUGACCUGGACACAUACACACAAUCCAAGGAGACUUGGCUUGGUUUGGGUAAGAGACCAUUUUUAAACGCCAUGUUCUAAAACCCGGAACAAUCCGGAACAACCCCGAAACACCCCAAAAAUCUGGUUAUAGGUAAAAUGAAAAACACAAAAAGAAACCUUAACCCUAAUCUGUAAAGUACUAAAUGUUCUUUCUGUUUUAUUCAGUUGACAUAUUUCUGAGUGUUCCGGGGUCUAGUACAUGCGAUCUUUAACACCAUUUGUUUAAGGUGAUUUUUAGUGACGGCUUGUUUUAGGAAAUUCGGCGUUUGUGAGGACCGUAUUAAUCUUUGUUGUUGUUUGAAUACAGGUAUUUUCCUGACUGUUUUGUUGGUUAUUCUUCUGCUAAUUGUAUUGGUGUUACGCAAGAGAAUCCAGAUUGCUAUAUCAAUGAUAAAGGAAGCUAGCAAGUAUGUUAAUUAACCCUUUAAGCCCCAAGAUCCAAAUAAAAAUUCUCCUGACCGAUUUCCAUACAUUUCUUUUAAGAAUAGUUGAGAGAAUUUGGUUUAAUAUCAAAGUGUUUUCCCUUUAGUCAUAAAUUUAGUAAUUCUCAUAACCUUUACUCUUGUUGAUCUGCUGAUGUUGUUAGGAGAAAAUUGAUGUUGGACACUCUUGGGACCUAAAGGUUUAAAAACAUUUAUGUUGAGAAAUGAUGUGAUCAACAUUUCACGAGCAUGGGAUAUAGAAAAAAUCUGGGUCCGACGGGAAUUGAACCUAUGACCUUCCGUACACCGGUCGGAUGGUCUAACGAAGGCUCGUGGUGAGCGGGGCCAUAUACAAGUUGCAUGUAUGACAUGCGUUCUGCGUAUUGCUAGGAUCAGCAAUGUCGAAGUCUUCAUUUUUGUGAUCAGAUAAAUAAAGAAUGAUGGUAAAUUUUAAGCUUGGUGGAGCACGGGACAAAAAAAAAUCUGAUUCCCCGACAGGUUGUAUGUUAUACUUAUAGAUUAUGAGUCACAACAAACGCCACCGAAUCGUAGUCAAUAGCUACCGGUACCGUACCAAUGACUUAUUGACAGGCUCGAGCAAAACUGGCAACGACAGAAUGACUGGACAACCUACAAUGUGACUAACAAUAAACGACUGGUAAAAUGCGGCAACAGACGGAUCGAAACGCGCCAAUGAGAUAACGACUUAACAAUGACAUCGCGUCUUAAUUGACCAAUCAGGUCAAUAACCGGAGUAAAUUAGCAUCAACUGACAAGAUACAACUCACUUUGACUCUGAAGAUGACUACCGCACAGACUGUCGAAACGUCAGUCACUGUCAACAAAAUUUCUAUUCAGGACUACGCUCACCCGGACGAUCAUGCUCAAAUACUCUAAUGAUACGAUAUCUGAAAGACAAUUUAGAGAACCUCUGUGUGGCCAUCCAUGUUAAUACGAUCCAUACUUUGAUCGUAAAUAUAACUAUGGUAUGUCCUUUCAAACUUCUCUUUUUGUUUAGUGAAUUUCCAUGUUGUUCUAUGCAACGUUGUCUUACUUAGUUGAUGGUCUGCGUCUGGUCAGGCAGAUUAAUUGUUUUUUUUCAACUGUUUAUAUUUCAAGGGCUGUUGCGGCAAUCAAGACUUCCUUGUUUUUUCCUCUUGUGCCGUGGCUGUUGCAGCUUGCUCUGUUUGCUUGGUUCGUGGCUGUGGCCGUGUAUCCUUAGUAACUAAUAAUUAACCGUAUCUGUUUUGUAAAAUGAUAAUGUGAGAACCAAGGGAAGGUGCAUGUCGUAUGUUUUCAUAUUCAAGUGUGAUUCCCUGGUGGGUUCUCAUUCACUGCGAGGCAGUUUAUGUUCGUAAAAUAAACCUCUUGCCAGCCAAGCUUUCACGAGAUUGUCGUGGGACAAUAUCGUUCCUCUGCCUUUCAUGUCAAGACCUGGUACGGACUUCGUAGACGGUUUUAAAAUAUGACAUCUACCCUCGUGGGUUCUCUCUUAGUGCGUAACAGUUUGUGGUCCUGUAAUAAUUAAAAAUUCUUAUCAGCCAAGCUUUCUCGAGAUUGUCGUAGGACCGUAUCGUUCCUCUCCCUUUCAUUUCAAGACCUGGUGCGGACCUCGCGGGCGGUUGGUACGAUAUAAAUCAGAGUUAUCCUUGACUUUUGCCUAGUUACCUUGUGACCAAUGGUACAGCGAAAUAUAAGGUCAUCGAUGUCCCAGAGAGCGGUGAUCCGUACAACCUAACAAAUUCUUCAGACUGUGUCACAGAGGUGAGCAAGAAACGUUUAUUGUCUUAUUGUGAGGGCUAACUAAAGUGCUUCUUGUACCUUUGACGUUUACUUAAAAAUGUUCUCUCUAUAGCUGUUCUUUUCUCCAAUAAUUGUUGAGGUUUUAGUUAUUUGCAUAAGCAGCGGAAGGGAGACGUGAUACACGCAGAAGAUGAGACUGUAGGCGGCCGUUGGGUUCAUUUCGUUUGACAUCAAUCAUGUCCAAUACUUUCGCACUGUCACGGACCGUUAAGUACGUAUUACGUGCAGUUGACGAAUCACACUCCCCUCAAACUGUCCACAUUGCUAACAUCUUAGUUAAUGCGAAAUUAAUCUCAUGAUUAGAUCAUGGUACAGUCUUUUACGAGUAGUAUAGUAGGAAACGGUUGGACCCCUUUUUUGCCGAGGAAUCUCAUUAACUUGCGGAGGAAAGCAUGAACGCCAAUGAAGUUAAAUCCUUCUGUCUUGAUCCAUGAAUAAAAUGCAAUGGAAUCUAACAGGGCACUUCCGAGUUCCAAAAACUCUCGCUUUCAAAAUGAGGCUAGGUGCACAACCUUUCUAGUGAAAAUAAGUUUUAUUUGCAUGAGAAUGAAAAAUGAUUUCCAUAUCAAAGGCUGAGCACCUACCCUCGUUUUGAAACGGAGGCCCGAAGGAACUCGGAAAUGACCUAUUAUGUUGUGGUGGAAGAGGAGGGAACACAAUAGAAAUGUGGUGAUUGUGGUGGUGGUGGAGGGAAAACAAAAAGUUUGAUGAGGAGCGAAAUAAUUGAAUUGAGGAGGAGUAGGAAAGGGAGAAAGGUAAGUAAAACAUGGUGCUUUAAAGUUGGUCAAAAAUACUCCACUGCGCGUCGUAUUUUCAACUCUCUUCUCGGUGUUUCAUCUGGUGCUGAAACACUGCGUCUCAUGCUUGAUAUAUUACGUAACACUUAUUUACUGCAUUCUAUGCCUUUAUAGACAUUUGAAAAAACCUACCCGGACACCUCUGCAAGCUGCGUGUUAGCUGGGUUUCAGGAAAAUGUGUAAGUUGAAUUUAGCUGGUAUCUCGAUCAGAAGCAAUUUUGUGUAUUAAUAGUGGCCAAAACGUCAUUGAAAUGUAAUCAAACUUUGAUUUGUUGCUCGAGUUGUUGGUUUGCCGGGCCACACUGGCCUGUGGGCUAUAAUUACUGCCGAGGAUAAAUAAAAUAAUUUUUUAUUUACCUGCUUCAACAAAGUUGAGACAGUAGGGAAACGGCUUCAACGUCUUGAGAACCAUAGAAAAGUGGAGAUCUUCUGAGACAGUUAAACUGAGUUUAUAAUACGUAAGUCCUUUUCAGCAUACCACCAUCAUCAAUAUCGACUGAGAGAACAAGCCGCUUGCACGAUGACAUCUUUUUACUAGUAGACUAGAAUUCAUUCGUCACUGAUCUAGUUGCUCUACCACUGAGCUACAGGAAACACUUGGGAGUUAAGGCCACUAAACUGCAAUCGUCGACAAAGUGGUUGAGAUAUUGUACUCAAAUAGAGUGACUUCAGAGAACAAAAGAAUCCACAGCCCAUUAAAAGUUGGGGUGUUUGUUGUUUUCUAUAGGUAGCUCGAACAGCGGCACAACAUUGCAUGGAGGGGAUGGGGGAGGAAAAGCUUUAUUUUCACCUUUUGAAGGCACUAAAACGUCAUAAAGCCCCUUUAGGGCAAAGUGUCUCAACUCAUUUUGUCGCCGACUGUAGGUUCAUGGGACAAUAUGUGCUUAUGUGCAAUAUGUGCCAGUAAUAGAGAUGUGAAGGUGAAUUUUUAGCCUAGUGGAUACAUGAGAAAGAUGAGGUUUCAAUCAGUGACUCAGGCGGCGGGAUAGAAACAAAUCCGACUAUGUUGUGACUGUUUGACCGAUGCUAGAGUGUUCAGAUCUUCAGUGGACAGUUCACUGCCUGGUGCUGUGUUGAAUGUUUUGUUGCUUUUCUUUUCAGACACUUGUUUCGCAUGCAAAUUUUUCACUUUUUUGGCUGGUUGUGGAUUAUGAACUUUAUCAUUGCUCUUGGUCAGUGCGUGUUGGCCGGAGCCUUCGCGUCUUGGUACUUUGCUUACCACAAACCUGAUGUAAGCUUUAGAUUUGUUUUUUACAUUUACUUGUUUUAAAUCUUUUCUGCCUGCGUUGGGCUAUUGACGCCGUUUUAGUAGUUUGCGUGUUGGUUAUAAUAUCGGAGGUUCUAUCAGAUUUAGCUCUGUUGCGGUAAGCAAACUUUCUGGCAACUUGUCGUCUGUGGCAAGACAAGUGUCAUGGCACCUCAUGAUUCUGUCACACCCCUUAAAUAUUUUUUUCCGGACGUACCAACACCUUCAUUCCUACAUGAAAACUCUAUUAGUACUUUUUGUCAUUAACGUUACUUUGCAGAAGAUUGAAACUAAAUAAGUGAAACGUAUUCGCUGUCCAUUACCUCGCGGUUUUGAAGUUAAUUAUAGGAUCGUCUUAUAAAAAUAGCCCACCGUUAACUCACUCUAUACUGGGGUCGGAAAGGACCAACACUGUUUUUCUUUACUACAUUUCACUCGCCUUGCAAAUCUACCGGUGACACCUUUCGGAGAAGUGUAUGUUUUUUAUCUGGGAAGGAAAAUAUGAGAAAUAAUUAACUUUUCAACCUUUUUUAUAGGAUGUUCCUGCGUUACCAAUUAUUUCGUCCUUCUGGCGUACUUUAAGGUAAGCUUUUUUCUUUAACACAAGCUUUUAUAACCUUUAGCUGUUGGUCUCUCGUCUUUUCUUCCUGUAUCCUAUACUUGCAAAAAGAUGGAAAUUCAACGGAAAAAACAUUUUUCUGGAACAGUUUAAUAAAUCCUUUAUCAAGCACCUGUGCUAAUUCAUCUUUAGUUCCACACACUUAUUAGCGGGCAACGCAUGUUUUUUUUUUCUGCAUGUGUUUAAUAGUUAUUUAUUAAUAAACUAGUGCUCAUUAUUUUUUAGAUACCACACUGGAUCUUUGGCGUUUGGAGCAGCCAUCAUUGCAAUCGUGCAGUUUAUCAGAGCUGUUUUGGAGUACAUUGAUACGAAACUUAAAGGUAAAAAUCUGCCACUUGCUUACCCGACCCAAAUGUUAAGACACUCGCCAACGCGUUGGUUAGAAUGCCUCUGCUUUUUUGUUGCCUACAGACUUGUCUCAGAGUAACUUCACAGGGUUUGCACAGUUUUGAAAAGCCCUUGAAUUUUAGGGGAAGGCCUUAAAAAGUAGGAAAAUCUUUAUUACAAAACCUCAAUUAAAAUCCUAUUUACAUUCAACCUGCUGUUACAGAAAAUCUAAUUAAUUCAUCAAGACACUAUCUACAAUUCCUAUAUAUAAUAAGUGAAGAAAGAAACUAUUCAUUUUCAAAUUCUAAAAAGUAGAAGUAACUUAACCUUACGCAAAAGAAGAGGAAAUAGAUAUAAUUAAUAAUAAAAAUUCAAAAUUCUAUAAAAUUAAGAAUUCCAUUAUGCAGAGAUAUUAAGAUUAAACAAUCGAAUUUUACUAAUGACGGCUAAACCAGUGUCCAUAAAAAGCCCUAAGUAUAAAAGCAUAUAGACACGUAUUUCAGAUAUCCGCACUAGCGACAUUUAUUUUACAGUCUAAUGAUUGCUCUAUCUUGCUACGAAACGGCGUUCGCGAACCUCAGACGCAUGCAUGUACCGAUCUUAAGAAGUCCUUGAAUUCCAUUUUUCCUUGAAAAGUCCUUAAAUUUCUGUGCAAGUCCUUGAAAAGUCCUUGAAUUUUCUUCAACUUUGAAUGUAGUGCCCUGGAAAGAAUUUUUUGUUGCUUUUUGGUUGUCCAAGACGGAAUAUUAAUCACAGCUCAGAGAAUUUAAAGGUUUUUUACAUAAACUACUCUAUGUUUUAUGCAAUAAUUAACUGUCAGUUAAAGACAAGUGAACUAAAAAAUGUAGAGAAGUUGGUGAAGCAAACAGUUUAAGCCUUAGUCUUAUUAGAGUAGACUAGGAAUGUGCAUUUUUGUACAAUCUGUGAAAUUAACUUCCUAGCAGGUGGUCCUUGAAAAUCUAAUUUGGUCCUUGAAAAAUGGUUGCAAUUUCUUGUAUGAACCCUGCUUCACUGUUGCUUUGCUUUACUGUAAAAGAUCCUUUUACAAUUUCAAUCAACCAGCAUCCAAACUCAACUGCAAGUGACAUGCUCACAUUAUCUUGUGACAUGCUUGAGUUUGUUUUUUUUUUUCUCUUUAAUGGAUACUACCCAGAGUAGUUGCCUAAUUCUAGAUUACAAAUUUCCGACCGCCCCUAUUCAUGGCUCGAUACAUGAAGGUAGGUUAUUAGGGACAACGCGACGGCAACGAGAACGUCGCUUAAAAAGCGUAUUUGCGUUAUUUCAGUCUUUAUCGCAAUUACUCCCACCCACUUACUUUGUCAAAUGUAGCCGAACCCUCCAGGAGUUGAAUUCCAAGGGACCAUUCUAUGGUGGGGGGCAAGUUGGUGCCCCUAUCACACAAACGUCUGUAAAAUUCGCGACUUUGUGCAGCAAUAUCUUUGCUCUCUUUCCAGCAAUGGCGAUCAAUAUACGCUUACUGUGCUUUAUCGAUAGGUGAUCUGUUCUGUUCUACUAUCGCAACUGUUAUGUUGCCGUCGUAAAACUGAGCUUUGUGGUGCCUUUAGGUUCAUGUGUUUUGUUUUUCAUGUGUAAGCACUUCAAAUCUCAACCACAUUUUAUUUAUAUUUUAUUAUUGCUUCCUCGAUUUUUUAUUUUCAGAGUAUGGCCAGGAUAACAAGGUUGUCAACUUUAUUUUGUGGUAAGUGGUCCCUUAGCAACAAUAUGUUGGUAAAUCAUGUGCACUUUGAAUUACUUUUGAUAAGAAUCCAACCCCCUCAUUCAUUUACAUUGUUGACUACAGACUUGUGUUUCUAACUGUCCUAAAUCAUUUGUUUUUCAGCUGUUGCAAGUGUUGUUUCUGGUGUUUAGAGAAGUGCCUCAAAUUCCUGAACAAGAAUGCCUACAUUAUAGUAAGAAUCUAAACAUUUUUGUUGCGUAGUCCCUAGGUCUUCAUUCUUCCGUGCGGCCUAUGCUUUAAGGGGCAUUGACCGGGAGGACCUGGGAAGACGCUGUUCAGAGAUUAGGCUAACAGUUUUAGUGGGCAGGACUUAAGUAAACCGACACCGUAAUAUCUAUCACAAGCCCCCUCCUCUCCAUUUAUGCCACUCUUCACCCCCUCCUCCCCCGCCCCGCUAAAACACUCACACUCGUUUGAUCAUUCAUAUCUAGUGAGCACCCUCUCAUUAAUUAUUUCCCUCAAUCGCCACGAAUUUAUUUGAUACUCUUGACAGUCACUUAAUGUAACAAAAUUCUUUGAAAACCACUGUAUUUAUUUUUAAUCUUUAUCUACAGAUUGCACAAACUCAAAGUUUUUUAGUAAUAUAUUUGGUGCCUACGUAGUAAUGUUUAUAUCCAUCACGGAGUUCACUAGCCUUCCGCGCAGACGUUCUUUUGGCUCGUCACACAGGAACACGUGGCGAAUCCCUAAGAACGUCUGCGUGGGAGGCUAGUAGUUUGCCAGCAACAUUGUUUAUGAAAUAAGAUGAAGUACACAGGGUUGCUUCUCCAGUUUUGAAUUAAGUAACCCCCUUCCACCUAAAAAAUGGCUGCAAAAAAUAAUCCCCCGAGGGCAUAUCAGAAAGAUUACGUCAAAUUCAUAGUAAAACCCCAGCGCAUUACAUAAGUCCACACCGCUACACAACAGUUUAGGUUAACUGGUUAACGACAACCUAUGGAGAAGCCGCAACAAAGCAGCCUGCCAGUUUUUCUUUAGAUUAAAUCCAUUCACAAUGAUGCGAUAGGGAACCUCCUAGUUUUUUUAACUGUCUUUGAAAGUCAAGGAAGUCAAGGCUGUAUGAUUGAUAAAGUGUGUAAGGAAAAUGAUCAGUUCCCAUUCACGCCACUUGUCUUUUGUGUGCUAGUUCUCAGUGUAGUCCACAACUGGUAAACGUUCAUAGCUUUAUUUUGAAAAUUUAAGUUUUUGUUACUGAAUUUGAACAUUUCAGAUUGCUAUCCAUGGCAAGAAUUUUUGCAGUGCCUCAAAGGAGGCAUUCACGCUCCUGCUGGAAAAUUUCCUCAGGUGAGAGAAAUAACGAGUGAAGCCAAAACAAUGAUACUUGUCCAGGUAGAACUGUCCGGGUGACUAACAAGUGAUAUCACAGCUUUUCACACACAACUGGGAGCCAUGCCAAGCCGAUCAUGCAGCCUGACCUUUACUAUCAAAACCACAAAUCAGUAGUAUAAUAACACAAAAAGCCGUGUGUGAGAAAAACCGUUUGCGCUUCAUUCGUCUCUCAGACAGCGGAAACCGCACUUACCAGGAUUGGUUGGGAAAACAAUAAAGAAAUAAAGUAAACGGUGGACCUUGGUCUUAAAUUCAAAAGAGCUGCGACGUACUGGCCAUUUCUUGAGACUCUGUCCGUGAGACUGUCGGUGUUAUCUCGAAUUGCACUGUGGGACUGUUCCGGGACCCUAGCGCUUCCAUAUGGUAUUGGCUAACAUGAGUAUUAAUAAUUAAUUGCCCUCCCCCCCCUCCCCAAACAGUCUCGCACCAGGCUAUUCAUUACAGCACCAGCCUAGUCCCAAGUGUGGCCUCAAAUUGGCGUAUAGGGGUCCACUGAAAUGAGGUUUUAAAGAACUGCGACAUUAUUUCGAAUAACAGGUAAGGCAUGAAUCAAUUGGCUUGGCCCAAGUUGUUGUGCAGAGGGUGAGUAUUUUUGCCCAGGGGAUAACGCUCUUAUCUUAUUCCGCGGCUACCAUUAUCCAUGUAAUAUUAUACCCGAUAUAAAAGUGUGCGUGGCGAGAAACCGCGUUCCGCAAGCGCACGUGUCUCGCUCUUCGCUCUGUCGUAGCUGUCUUCUCUGCUUUGCUAAUUAAGAAACGGUGCAGAUAAGAACGAUAGCAACAACGGCAACAAACAUGUUAGAAUGCAAAAAAGGUGCUAACUUUUCUAUUGUCUGUACUUACUUCUGAUUGGCUUAAACAGCAAAAGUUAACAAAACUUCAUAAAGAAGUACAUAUAUUCAUCCUUAUUUUCCAACCAUCUUCCAUAUAACAAAAUCUGGUCUCAGUUUGAAUAACAAAGAAAUCCUAUGUGGGGAACAUGUAAAAUUGUAAAUUUUUCUUGGCUAUUGUUUUCAACUCUUGUGAUUAGUCAGAAUCUUUUAACACAAAAAAACACCCAUUCAAAGUGGACUAUAAAUGCAUUUUAUUGCGUAAACGGCCUUCAUGUAGCUUUAUGCAUUCUCUGUGUAAAAAUGAGAACAUUCCUAUGUGAGGAAAGCACCGUUGCAGCAUAACAAAAGAAAUUGCUAUCCACCUUACCCGGAUCAUUACUUAACACCUGAAAUGCAGGCCGUUGAAAGGAAGCAUCAACUGAAACAAAGCUUUCAAAAUAAUGGCAAAAUUGAGGCUAGGUUGUUUGUUUUUUGUAUACUGAAGAUUUCAUCUCAUCGACAGGGUUGCAGCUGUCAACAGUGUAACGUCAUUUUUGUUGUUCAUGGGAAAAUUGUUGGUCGUUGGAAUUGUUGGUAGGUGAAUUGAUCUUGCUCAGGAAUGAAAUCAGUCUAUUAUAUAAAAAACAUUGAAAUACCAGUUGAGCGUUUGCGCGAAAACCUUCACAGGUGAAAAGAUCACCGUUGCUAAGGUGACAUAUUAAAUCGCGCCUUUUUUGGCAAACAGUUAUUAAAGUGAAAUGGUUUGGUAUUUCAUCGGUGUCUAUAUAACAGAUAGAACAUUGCAUGACUCCUUGGAGAUACGAAAUUUCUCUUCUCGUGUUGCAAAAUAUUUCACUCGUUCACUGCGCUCACUUGUGAAAUAUUGCUUAACGCUCGAAGAGAAAUUUCGGGUCUCAGCGCGGCCAUGUAACGUCUGAAAAUUAAGUCAAGUUCUGCAGGUUGAUGACACAUCGUGGCUCGCACCAAAGUAUUUUUUUUUUUCGGUAACUCGACAAGGCGUGGGUAUACGCAAGGCAGAUUAAGGAGUUUAAACCCAUCCAACAAAGUGUUAAUAUAGUCACUUUAUAGUUUAUACCUAGAUUCCAUGUUGCCUUGCAGACAAACAAACUAAAUACAAAGCUUUUAUCAGCGGUGUUGAUAUGGAAACGGGUAGUUUCUUGGUGUUGUUGGCGGGUGUAAUCACCAAAUGACGUCAUACAAAAGAUUGAAAAGAUACGUAACAAUACACAGACCACAACACACAGGCGAACCACUAAUGGUUUCCGCAACAUCAAGAAACGCUCUGGAAACGAAGUAAUGGAGGGUCAUUCUGUUUGCAAUCAUGAUACCUUUAUAAACCGGGAAUACUUGACCACAGGCGCAACUGCAACAAAAGAAAAUUAGUUAUUCUGUACAUAGUUUUUAACCUCAUUAGACGAAAAAACACAGUAUGUGGGCUCACCGACGUUAUUACCGCGGCAGGAUUACCUCCGUCGCAAGAGCGCUUGACUGUAGAGCAAGAGGUCGCGGGUUCGACUCCCGGAGCCUGACCAGUAUACAGGGGCUUAAAAUAACUGAAAAAUGAAGGUUCUUCCUUUGCCCUGCAAACGGCUAGACCUUCGCAUGGCUCAGAUGACUACUUCCGUGCGAAAAACAUUCACUCUCAAAUAUGAAGUACUUGUUUUUCCACCGGGCUGAUCUUUUGCGGGAGUCGACGGGCCUUUCCAUGACUCACUACUGCGGACUAUUACUUUGUCAUUCUUUCGGACUGCAAGCUACAGGUGUAAUAGGCAGAGUGAGCUUCCCAUUAAACUUAUAGUGAACCUCUGCCUUCCAAAUUCUUUACUUUUCAUUUUGAGUUAAAAUUGAUGAUGUUGAUGUGAAUUUUUCUCUAUAAAUGUUGCUCCUCUUGGUGCUGGUUCUCACUGCAGGUGUGGCGAGUUUCUUUUGGUUUGACAAACUCAGCAGUGAUGACCCCACCUCACUUCGUUAUGACGUCGUACCAACGAUAGUAAGUAUUUAUAACAAAAUUAAAGCUCGUUUUCUGAUUGGUCAAUUACCCAUUUAAUAUUUGCCCUUUAGUAGAAAUGAGUACAAUUUUUCGCCUGCUUGUUCAAAGAGCAGAAAGGAGUUAAAGUAUUACAGUUUUCUCCUCAGUGUUGGUUCUUUUUACCUGCCGUACUGUAAACAUAUAGCGAGGCCUGAGUGUUUAUUAGAAUCCUACUCUUCUCUAUUUUUUUGAUAUAAAAUUUUUCUUUUUGCUUCUCUGGAUUUACGCUAAGGUUCGCCACCAUACCUAAACCCAACACCAAUCGUGGACCAUCCACUGAAAUUAUUUCCCAAACGUCGCGCUCAACAAAACGUGUUAGAUGAUGAAGUUUACUUGUUUGGAUUGAUGUUGUGUGAGAUUCCACAUCGUUUGUUGUGUAUGAACCUAAUAAGUUCCUUUUUAUUCAGUAAAUCUUGAUAAAACGAACUCCUUUUUUUUUCUUCUUAGAUAAUGGUGGUAUUUGCGUAUGCAGUUUCCGUUUUGUUCUUUGAUGUGUACGAUAUGGCCAUUGACACCAUAUUCCUGUGCUUCUGUGAGUAUGGCGCAGCCCUCUUUCUUCUUCAUUGUUUUCCGAAUUGGCUUCGAACGCGAAAAAAAAAACGCCCUCAAGAAACUUUGGUCACUGAUGCUCAAUUACUCACUAUUUGCGAGAAUUCGAGUUUUCUGUUUUUCUUUUUCUGCUAGAAUUAUCCCAUCUAAGGUAAUUAUAUUUUUAAAAACAUAUGCCAAAAACACACGAGAUUCUAAACGGUAAAAGAAAAGGUCACCCGAACUUUCCUUGUCCCGGGCCUAAAAUUGUACAAUGGGUUAAAAAAACUUUGCGAAUUAUUUGAGGCAACAUGGUUUUCAAACUGACUGGAGAAAAGCAAAGUCAAACCAAAGCUAAGAUAACUGUCGAAACAGAAGCGCUUUUGACAUUCGUUGCCAUGUGUCUUUUUUUUUUUCAGUGGAGGAUCUGGAGAUGAAUGACGGCAGCGCUGAGAAACCCUACUACAUGAGCGACUCGCUCAAGAAAAUUCUACACCUCCAGAACCGCGAACAGCCUGAUGGGACUGAAGCGGGUGGAGAAAAAUAGGCAUAGGGACUGGUCACUACCACUCACCGCUGACCGCACUUCUAUGUUCAUUGUUAUUAGUUUCACUAAACAGCACAAUUUCUAUUUGCAAUUUCUAUUCAGAAUUUAGUACUAUCGCUUCAUAAUAUAAAAUAAAAUGAAACACAUGGACAUACUUAUGCAAAGCAAUAAACAUGGGCAGGGUUAUGUAACAAAUAGCAAUCGAACUUUUGUGGGUUACUCUGAAUUCCAAAGUGUUUAGUUAGGUGUAUUGUAGGGAAAGAGAAAAUGGGUUGGCACCUCGGACGUACGGUAUUUCAGUGAGGUCAGAAUCUUGUCGUAGAGUGCUGUUAGCGAGAGGUUCGAUGUAUUUGAUGUAACUUGCUAUAACUGCAUUCACUUCAUUUUUCUCUUAAUCCGGUCAGGGCUAGCCUGCGAAGCGCAGACGCAUUUCCGGUCGUCGCUUCUCUCCCUCCGAAAAAUAUCGCAGACGCUAUUUUUCGGAGGUAGAGAAGCGACGACCGGAAAUGCGUCUGCGCUUCGCAGGCUAGGUCAGGGCUAGAAGAAGUCCAAAGUCAAAAAGUUACAAACAAACAAAUAAACAGACAAAUACAAGCAUAACUUAAAAAUACUGGUUUACAAAUACCAUUUCUUUUACAGACGCGAUAAUUUAAAGAAAUUACAUGAAUAAAGGUCAGUCUUAAAAGUUUGUAAUAAAUGUGUG